CACACACACACACACAUAUACACGCGUUGACCUUUUUCAUAUGUCAGGAAGGAAAUUUUGUUCAUUUACUAUAGUCGAAGGAAAUGUAAAAAAAAACGACACAUAUAGCCGGCGUUUAAAUUGAAUGUGACGUCAAAAUCGAAUAUCCUUUAAAUGAAAACGAAAAAUGAAAUUUUAGGAAAUCCAUCCAUCCAAAUGUACUAGAUUCAUAUUUUUUUUUCUCACAUCACAUAAAAAUACACAUUGCUCUGAAUUCAUGCUCUUCGAUCUUUGAUUUUGUUCCACAGUAUUUAGGCCUAACCGAAACAAAAUGAUGGCAAAUUUUUCUUGAAAAUUUCAUUUUCAUCAUUCUAUAAUUUCAGAGUGUGUUAUACAAACCGUUCAGUGAUACGAAAUUUUGUGUUCUGUUUAUUGCUAUUACAUCUCCGUGACGGAUCAAUUUUAUUUUUUCUCGGCCAAAAUUCUGCUCUAUGUUUGAUGGAUUUUUCCAUUCAAUAAAAAUUGUAAUUUUGACAUAAAAAAUCAUAGCCAUCAUGUUGAUUUGUCAAACACCUGCAUAUAUACCAUCCUCGAGAUCAACUUGAUGAUAAAUAAUUAAAUUGAAUUAAUUUUUUUUUUCACAUAACGAAAAAACAUACACCACUUUGAAAUUGAUUGAAUGGAUGAUCACUAAGAGCCAUUCAAAAACUCAACAACAUUCAAUCAGUAUAUUAAACAAAACAAAAAAUCAGUAUCCAAUGUCUUCCAUAUUUAUAAAUCAUUCGAAAACAUUUCUUUUGUGAUUCAAGUGCAUUCACCAUAAUAAUGGAUCGCCAUAAAUUACUUGAUUCUUCAACGAAUAAAUUGAAAACAUUUAAGGAAAAUAUUUUACAUGGAAUUUCUACUAAAUGGGAUUCCACAUUCAAUGAAAAUGUUCAAAACAACCUGCAAAAUAGUAAUCGACGAUUGAAAAAAAAUCGUUCAAUAUAUGGACAACCACAAAUAAAUUUGAAUCAGUCAACAACAACGAAUAUGCAAAAUUCACAUCAUUGGAAAAGUUUAGAUUCAUUGGAUUUCAGUGAAUGUAAUCAUAGUAGUAUUGGUAGUAAUUCAACAUCAUUAUCCGAUUUACGUACAUUAGAUUGUCAGAAAAAUCAAGAUUGGAUUGUAAGUGAUCUUGGUACCAGUGUUGAAUCAUUUGAAAAUGAUCAAGAACCAUUCAGACGAUGUUCAUCAAUGAAUUCAAGCUCAUCGGGAUGUAGUGUAACCACCGAAAACCAUGAUGAAUUAUCUCGAGAGGCCAAAUAUUUUAUGAAACAAUUUGUGGAGAAAAUUUUCACCAAAUGUUCAUCGAUUAGUUUGGAUGAAAAAGCUAAAUUUGGUUAUUAUUCGCGAAUGGAAAAUGGUAGACUUUGGUUUGCUCGAUUUAUCAAUAGAAAACGUAAUGAUAAUAAAUGUGUCCAAGAAUCGACAUUCUACAGUUUGGCCCAAUAUUUUGCCAUCAUUUUAUUUGAAUGUGCUGAAUCUGAUGAUUUUACUCCAGCUAAAAUAUUGAUGAAUAUGUGUUUCACUUAUUAUCAUUAUCAACCACAAGCAACAUCUACAAUGGCCAAUAAUCGAUGGUCAAGACAUUCAUCAUUAUCAUCAUCAUCAGUUUCAAUGCAAAACAACAAACAAUAUCUUUGUACUGUUUUACGUGAUCAGCCAAUUUGGAAAUUGAAACGUUUCUGGAACGGCUUUUUUGAUGCAAUCCAAUGUGAACGAGCAAAUUUCUAUGAAAAUAAUCGCGAACAGCCAAAUCAUAAAUAUUAUGAUUGGCAAUUUCAUGCAAAUUUAACUUUCGGUCAAUUAGGCACCUUCACGCAUAAUAUGAAUUCAUUUGGCCUAUCUAAAGAAUUUUGUUUAGAAUUUCUACGAAAACAGAGUACAAUUGCCAAUAUAACCGCUGAACAAUUUAAGCUUCUACAGGAUAAUAUUGAAUCAAUGUAUAAUGCUCAAAAUACACGACGAUGACCGGCAAAUGCCUUAAAGGAUUGAAGAUUCUGAAUUUCUUCUUAUAUUCAUCAUUCAUGGAUUAAAUGUUAAUUUCGAACAUAAAGCGUUUUAGUUAUAAUCUCGAACGCUAGAUGUCAGAUUUUGUAGGAAAAAUUUUUGAAUCAAAUGUAUUUUCAGAUAUAUUUAUUAUAUUUAUUUAAAAUUGAAAUUUAUACUAUUUGUUAAUCAACAUUAGAUUAUUCUAUUUUUAUGUUAUUAAAUAUGAAUUGAAUAAAUCAUCCAAUAAAAAUAAAUAAUCGAUA